UCUGAUGGUCAGUGAGGCGGAGCGUCGCAAAGAGCGAAGUGUAGCGAGCGGGUGUGCGUGCGUUGCGUGCGUGCGUGUGUGUGUGUGCCGGUGCGUGCGUGUGCUUCGAGGGGCCUGCAGGGGGAGCUCCAGAGUGUUAGUUCUGUUGUCGUCCGGACCGCGAUCACCAGCUAGACCAGCACCUCCUUAGCUAGGACCGCACGAACCGCUGACGGCGCCAUGAGGACUGUCGCGGCGCUGUGCGCGGGGCUGUGCGUGGCACUGGCGGGCGCAGGACGCGUGCCCGACAUCCCCGCGGGCCACCGGGCGCAGUACAGCCUGCAGCACGCGGACGGCAGCUUCAAGUACGGCUGGGACACGGGCCGCGGCGCCACGGCGCAGGUGGAGGGCGACGCGCGCAACGAGGUCCGCGGCAGCUACUCGGGCGGGCCCGUCAGCGUCUCCUACACGGCGGGCGUCAACGGCUACGUGCCCGUCAUCGGGGCCGCCCCGAUCGGCGCCGCACCGCCACCCCCCGCGCUACUUUUGCCGCCCCCACCACCGACAUACGGUGCUGGAGCUCACGCUGGGGGAGUGAAGGGUGGCUGGUCCAGCGGCUGGAGUACACCCCAGGCCGCCCCCGGUGGGGCCCACGUCGGCCCCGCAGGACCUCUGCGCCCCGACGGGUCGUACAGCUUCUCGUACAGCACCGAGGACCAGUCGCGCCAGGAGUCCGCUGACGCCGCCAACAACGUGAGGGGCUCCUUCUCCUUCAAGGCCAAGGACGACGGUCGCACCCGCACGGUAAACUACCACGCCGGCGCCGGCACAGGCUUCGUAGCGCAGGGGCAGCACCUGCCCACGCCCCCGCCCGUCCCGCAGGGAGCUCCGCAUGGAGCUCCGCAUGGAGCUCCGCAUGGAGCUCCGCAGGGAGGCUCCUGGGACAGUCAGUGGGCCGCCGAGCCUGAGCCCGAGCCCCAGCCCGAGCCGGCCGGGGACGCCACCUACUCAUUCGGCUACCAGACGAAGGACGCCAGUCGGCUGGAGGUGUCCGACCCGCAGGGCAAUGUCCAAGGCUCCUACGCAUACGUCGGCCCCGACGGAGUAUCGCGACGCGUGGACUACGAGGCUGGUGCCGGUAAGGGCUUCGUCGCGAAGGGCGACCAUCUGCCCAAGGACGGCGAUGUCCCCGCACCCGGAGGGCUGACGAGCUCCUGGCAGACGGGCACCGGGCAGCAGGCGGGAGACGACGGCGGCUGGCAGCAGACGGCUGACCACGGCAGCUGGCAGCAAACGGCUGACGAGGGCAACUGGCAGCAGACGGAGGACCAGGGCAGCUGGCAGCAGACCGAGGACCAGGGCAGCUGGCAGCAGACCGAGGACCAGGGCAGCUGGCAGCAGACGGAGGACCAGGGCAACUGGCAGCAGAAGCUGCAGCCACAGCCGCAGCGCCCCCGACCCGCCGUAGAGCCGGCCGAUGUCAAGAGCAGCCGUGGUGGCGACGGUUCGUACUCGUUCUCUUACAGCACCAAAGAUCAGAGCCGCGAGGAACAGGGUGACGUCAAGGGGAACGUCAAGGGCAGCUUUUCGUUCGUGGCCAAGGACGACGGAAAACGCAGGAGGGUGGACUACCACGCUGGGGCAGCGACUGGCUUCGUGGCCAAGGGGGACCAUCUCCCGAAGCCGCAGCCCAGUGAGGUGCAGCCGCAGCCCACCGCCAGCGAGCCGGUCGCCACUACCGAGACGCCCAUCCUGCUCGACGACAAGAUCGACCUGCGCCUGGGACUGGACGACAGCCAGCAGACCGUGGACGACAGCCAGCAGACCGGGGACGGCAGCGAUGGCCUCGUACCCACCGGCGAACCAGCCGAUGUCCAGAGCAGCAAGGGAAGUGACGGCUCCUACCAGUUCUCCUACAGUACCCCAGACCAGAGCCGCGAGGAGCAGGCCGACGCCAAGAACAACGUCAAGGGCAGCUUCUCUUUCGUCGCCCCAGACGGCGUGAACCGACGCGUCGACUACGAGGCCGGCGCUGGAAAGGGCUUCGUCGCAAAGGGGGACCACCUCCCCAAGGCAGAGGCCUCUGGCGCGGCCCCAGCCCCGGGCGGUGACGAUCAGCAGACCCAGGUGCCGUGGACGUCGGACGACGACAUCCAGCAGCAAACUCAGGGCCCCUGGAACGACGAGCAUCAGACCCAGGGACCGGAUGGGGACCACGGCAGUGGCGACGCCAGCUACUCCUACGCGUACGAGACGGACUCGAGCCGCAAGCAGGAGUCGGCCGACGCCCAGGGGAACGUGCAGGGCUCCUUCUCCUACAAUGACGGCAGCGGCAGCCCCAAGACUGUCACGUACACGGCCCGCGCGGGCGAGGGCUUCAAGGCCAAGGGUGACCACCUGCCCAAACCCGGCCAGUUCUUGGCGGCCGCGGCGGCCGCAGGCGUCGGUGGCAGCGUGCACGGGGGCGCUUGGGGACGAGGCCGCGGACCUGGAGCACAAAGACCCGGCGUCGGCGUCAAGACCUCGGCACCCUGGCCUCGCGGUCCUGACGCGCAGAGGCCCAGCGUCGGCGUCAAGACCUCGGCACCCUGGCCUCACGGUCCUGACGCGCAAAGGCCCGGCGUGGGCGUCAACACCUGGCCCCAGGGCCUCAGGCCCCAGGUGUCGCCCGCCGCCGCCGCCGACCCGCACGGACCGGCUGGCGAGGUACGCGUCGGCGACGGCGUGGUGCGCACCUACCUUCCGCCCGGCGUCCCGGGCCACAAGGUGGGCUACGUGUACGAGGCCAAGUCCUAGGACGUCGCCUUUUGAUCUAAAGACUUCCCCGCUGUGACCUCAUAGCUGUACUUACAAGUGUAUCUCGAAUAAACUUACUGCCUAAGACAAGCAAUAAACGUAAAGACAUGUGUA